AUGAAAAACUGGUCUUUCCCCGGAAGAUGCAUCAAGUCAAGCGGUGAGAGAAGCAUACACAUUGGGAAAGCGUAUUUCUUUGGGUCUGUGCAGUUACAAGUCUCUGAAAGAAUAAAAUCUGGGAGGAUUUUUAAGGUUCUUUUCCCCUCAGUGGGAGCUGUAAAUGGGUGGGCUAGUCUGAUCAAAUUACUACAAGAUUUCUAUAAGCUGGAACGUUCUUCCCAAGUUCGUAGGAUGGUUGGCAAGGAGGAGACGACUGGGAUCGAAUUGCUCCAACCUCAAUGCUGGGAAGUGGGAGGUAAAAGGUCGUUUGCCGAUGUGGUUAAAGGUGCGGGCUUCUAUGGAGAUGGAACCUGUGAAAUCAAACAGGUGGGAAGGAAUCGUCAUAUUGAGGUAGGUGAAGAAGGGGUCCAGGAAAGAAAUGAUUUGCUAGGAAAAAGUCUGGUGAUUGGUUUCAUAUCUCAGAACGAUGAGGUGUUCACCACGGCUAAUGUCUCAGAGUUCCUUCGAUGGGUGGAGAAGAAUUGGGUUAUAAACAGGAAUUUCGGAUUUGAAGACCUAGGAGAUGGCAGGUGGCUUUUAGUGUGGCCGAGCUUUCAGGAAGCAAUGCGAAUAAAGGAACUCGUCCACCUCAGAUUCAAGUCUUUUCGUCUUGACCUCAAAAUCUGGGAUGAAGGUCUCUACCAUCCGUGUUCCCUUUCGGGUGAUGAGUGGAUUCUGGUCACAGGCAUUCCAAUUCAAUUGAAAAGUGUCAAUCUUCUCAGAGCAUUGGGGGAGUUUUUUGGCAAGUUGAUCGGGAUUGAUUGGGCUUCCUGGAGUUUACCGUUUGUUCGGAUAAGAGUUAGCACUACGCUAGGCAUACCGGAAGAAAUUCCCAUCGUCUUUCGUUCGCAGCAGUUCAUAAUCAGAGUGUUCAUACCGAGGCAUGGAGACUAG